CCGCCAGCGUGGAAGACGAGAAAAGGCAAAAUUGGAAAAAGCCUUGGAAUCUUCUUCUUGCCACGAUAGAGAGUUUCUCGGUCGCAUCCUCCUAAUAUUAGAACUAGACUUUUCCUUUCCAGUAAACACUUCAUCUUUUGCCUCUCUCUCUCUCUCUCUCUCUCUCUCUCUCUCUUAUUCGUAACGAGACUCGAUCAAAUUUUACACACCAAAAGGUAUUUGCUGUUUGAAGUUUUGUGGGUACUGAGAUGGCAAGUGGUUUUGGGGAAUCAACAAGCGUGCCACCUCAAAGCCCGUCUUGCUCGGGCAAUAAUGCCAAUGAUGUGGGCGAUUUUGAAUGCAAUAUCUGCUUUGACUUAGCCCAAGACCCAAUCAUAACCCUUUGUGGUCACCUCUUCUGCUGGCCUUGCCUGUACAGAUGGCUCCACCAUCACUCGCAUUCCCAAGAAUGCCCGGUUUGCAAGGCCCUCGUACAAGAGGAGAAGUUGGUUCCUCUUUAUGGUAGGGGCAAGACGCAAACUGAUCCAAGAUCAAAGUCAUAUCCAGGCAUCAAUAUUCCAAAUCGCCCAGCUGGGCAGAGGCCUCAAACUGCCCCGCCUCCGGAGACCAAUCAGUUUACCAAUUAUGGCUCUGGAUUCAUGGGGGGAUUUGUACCAAUGGCAACUGCGAGGAUUGGUAACUUCACAUUGGCCACUGCAUUUGGUGGUCUGAUACCGUCAUUGCUUAACAUUCAUUAUCAUGGGUUCCCGGAUGCUACUGUGUAUGGAACAACUUCUGGUUUCCCUUAUGGGUUCAGUUCAUUUCACGGGGGCCAUGCUCACGGAUUCCCUCAGCCGGCAAGUCAAAGGCAGCAGGUUGACAAUGUUUUGAAGAAUCUGUUUUUGUUAAUUGGUGUCUUUGUGAUCCUUGCGCUGAUUUGUUGGUAAAAUCAUUUGCCGUUUUAAACUUUGAAGCCAAUGUGUUUGUUUAGUGUUGCUGCUCUUAUAUGUGUAAAUACAUUAGCUUAAUUUCUACUCGAGAAGGUUGACCUGUUAGUACUUUUGGCCAAUUCUGUUAGCUGUUGUAAACAUCUGCAACAGACAUAAAAAUAUCAUAAUAAAUGGCUUGCAGUUGCUCUCUC